AAGUCGAGCAGCUCUAUUCUGCUGCUAGCUAGCUGAAGCUGCCAUUUUGUAGUAGUUUUUCGUCUAAAGAUGGAUUUUCAUCCAAAGUGUACAAUAGGUGCUUUUAGUUUAGCAAUAAUUGUGUUAUUUACGAGAUCCUUUGCCUAUGGAGGAAAUAUUGUUUACGAAGGCAAUGCCACUGUGGAUGAAGGUGAUCCUUUUACCAUAAAUUGUUUCCUUACCUUGUUUGACCCAGUUCAAUGGGAAAAAGACGGAAAAACCAUUGUAACUGAACCUGGUGUAACCAGUGAUUAUUCUUUUCAUGAGGAAACAAUCAAUGGGAAAGUUAUGGCUAGCCUAGUAGUCAAAGCUGCUUUACCCCUACAUUCUGGAUCAUAUCGUUGUAACACGUUAUCCAGUGACAGUCAUCACAUUUACGUUAUUAGCGCAAAUGAGAUAGUAACAAAUGCCGAAUACUCAAACUACAAAGUUUUAAAUUAUGGAGAGAGUAUGGUGCUGCAAUGUAAUGAAACAAACCCUUCCAAAGAGCUUGUUGUGAAAUGGUUUAAGUACGAUACUCCAAUCGUCAGCAGCGGGGGGAACCAUCCAAAGUAUGUUGUCAAGGAUAACGAGCUGAUAGUCAACAGAGCUCUGGAAGACGAUGUUGCAAACUACACUUGCAAGCUGGUCAAUUCGAAAAACAACAACAGCGAAGUGGCCAAGUUUGAUUUUCAAGUUGUUGGCAAACCAUACGUAAAACUUCCAGAAUUUAUCACGGUCAUUGAAGAGGAGAAACUGAAGCUAGAAUGCACUGUUGUUGGCAGCCAUAACCCAUACGUGGAAUGGAAAGUCGGCAAUGAGACCUAUGACCAAAGUGAAGGCCGUGUGAAGCUGUCCGUAGACCCGGUGCGAGGAGUCAAGAACGCUCUGUUGGAGCUUGAACCUGCCCGCAUGUCUGACCGUGGUACAAUCAACUGUACGGCCCACAACAUCGCCACCACGUUUGCCGAACCUAAUGUCGCAUCUACCUACGUCAGAGUGAAAGACAAGUACGCCGCGCUGUGGCCGUUCCUGGGUAUCUGCGCCGAGGUCAUUGUCCUGUGUACAGUCAUCUUCAUCUACGAGAAGAAGCGCAACAAAGCCGAGUUGGAGGAGAGCGACACGGACCAGAGUCCGGAGCAGAAGAACACCCCGGACCAUGGCAAAGAUUCAGUCCGGCAGAGGAAGUAAACGGGUAUCACACCAAGACACUCGUCUCCGUCAUCCAGUCAUUCAUUUUAAACAUUUCGAAUGUAUGAUAAAUCAUGUUACCCAGUGCCGACAUUUGAGGUAUAGAGUAUUGUUGAACCUUUUAUUAUUUAUUUUUGUAUCCGGUCGCCCGAAGUCAUCGUUUGCCGUUUGACGUCACCGGUAAAUGUAAACUUCCGUUGUGGAUUGUUGAAGUACAAAUUGUUUAGUUUUCAACACCGUGUAGCUCUAUGCGCUCGAUUCCUUGGUUUCACAAACUCGUACGAACGCUUUAAACUGUACAGCCACCUUUUGUCAUUUGGGUGUUACUGUUUUUACGAAUCAUUCAUUAUACACUAUGACUACUGUAUUCUUCUUUAGGAAUUAGGCCACACUUUGUAUGUAGAUGCUUCGAGUGAUGUGUAUAUACAGCAAUAGACAAAGAGCACUUUAAACAAACUAUUUACGAUGCCUUGUUUGUAUUUGGUCGGACCAAUGUCUGAGUGCUAGUUUCUAGUUUCCUUUAUAACACCAAGAGAGGUGUUUGGUGUUGUAGCUUUUAAGUUGUUAGGCUAAAUGUCGUCAAAUCAGAACAACUCGCCCGACGCUUGGUUUUAGAGUCAAUAGGCCUAUUGUUGUUCCGGGUAUUUGCACAACAUUUUGUGUUUUGUCUAAAUAUAAGACAUUUAAACAUCGAGGUUAUACAAUUUUAUUAUUUUUAUUCUUAAGUAAGCCACUAUUAUUUAGAAUACUUCAUUAUUUAUGUUAGUGUUGUUUUAAAAUUUUGCUUUUCGCUUUUCUAUUAUUUAAUUUUACACAUUUAUGUAGUAUUAUUUUUUAUAUUUUAAAUUUUUGUUUAUAACAGGGAAUAACUGUUUUCAAAUUUUUGUACAGAAAUCAUAUUAAUUGUAAUACUGUUUGCAUUUAAAUCUCUUUAUAGUCAUUGAUGUAGUUUAAUAAUAAAAUGUUAAAAUUUGUAUCGACUCAUUUGAUAGUUAUCACUUCAUUGUUGUUGAUGUUUUAAUGUUCUAUUUUUAAAUUGUAGCAUUACAAAAAUUACAAAAUAAACUUAUACAAAAAAUGUCUAGUGUUUUUAACAAAUUUAGGUAAUAAAUUUUAACUCUUUAAACGCUCUCUAAAAGUUGUUGCAUGUAUAAACAAUGAAUUUGGAAGAGGUUCUGUCUUAUGAUUUCUUCCAACUUACAAGAAGGUUUCCCCGUUUAGACCCCCUGUACAAAGUCCCGUUGUAUGUGACAUUCACAUAUGUGAUCAUGUAACAUCAUAAUGAUGAACGCACCUCUCCAUGUUCAUUGUGGUUAACCGUUGUAAAAUUCUUCUCCUCGAGUCGGUAGUAGAUUCUUAUCUCAAUAUUAAAAUUUUUUGUGCAAACUCAGCUGUAUUGUUUUGGAUAUUUUCAGAGUGCAGAAAAGCACGAAUCCAAGCAAGGUUUCGUAUUUGUUAUUGUUAUCGCCUUAGGGUUAUAGUAUUGUUAAAGUUUAUACAAAAUCUUACAUACGGGAUGUUAUUUCUGUACACUAGUAUCGUGUCUUUUUUUAAAAUUGUUUUAUUAUAAGUACGUUGUACUUAAAGUAAUAUAAAUAUCGAUUUAUUAGAGCUAUGUAGAUAAUGUAUACUGUGUGACCUAACACUAUAAAUAAAUUACCUAUUAAAGUUAGUUACCA